AUGAGAGAAGAAAUGCCAAGUUUGCAUUCAUCAAGGUGUGUCGAUUUGAGUGCAUUUGAUGGAACAAAUUAUCAAAUGUGGGAUGUCAAAAUGGAAGCCUAUCUUGAUGCUAAUGAUCCAUUGAAAGCUGUAGAGCAAGAAUAUGAAGUUCCUGACUUACUAGGCCAUCCAACUCUUGCUCAAAUGAAAAAUCAUAAAGAAAAGAAGCUAAGAAAAUCAAAAGCAAGAGCAACCUUGUUUACAGCCGUCUCUUCCAUUAUUUUCAACAGAAUAAUGACAAUGAAAACAGCUAAAGAGAUUUGGGAUUUGUUAAAGCAAGAAAUUGUUCAAAAAAUUCUUGUCCCAAUUCCUGAGAAAUUUGAAGCGACAAUUACUUCUUUGGAAAACUCUAGAGAUUUGUCAAGAAUUACCCUGGCAGAAUUGUUGAAUGCUCUGCAAGCUCAAGAACAAAGAAGGCUUAUGAGGCAGGAAGGUUUUUUGUUAAAGCAAGAAAUUGUUCAAAAAAUUCUUGUCACAAUUCCUGAGAAAUUUGAAGCGACAAUUACUUCUUUGGAAAACUCGAGAUUUGUCAAGAAUUACCCUGGCAGAAUUGUUGAAUGCUCUGCAAGCUCAAGAACAAAGAAGGCUUAUGAGGCAGGAAGGUUAUCUGAAAGGACUUUCCAUCUUGUCCUUGCUGCAAAAAAAACCAAUCAUCCACAGAAUAAGUGUUGGUGGAGGCAAAAUGCAAAAUGCAACAACUGUGGUCAAUUAGGGCAUAUGGAGAGGAUUUGUAAGUCUCAACAACAGCAAGAUGAAGCAAAAGCUGUAGUAGAACAACCUCAGGAAGAUCAGCUAUUUACAGUAUCCUGCUUUGCUACUUUAAGCUCCACAGAAAGGUGGCUAAUAGACGAAAACUUGACACAAGCUUCAUCUCCAAAGUCAGAAUUGGAAAUGGAAAACAUAUCUCUGUAA